AUGGCAUGGAUUUUAUAAAUGGCGUCGUCGCCUUCACUCGCUAGGUCACUUCAAACACGUUGAUGGAUAUUGCAUUGGGUUUAGACUUUAAACAGAGAAGUUCAUCUGUCAAACCGUAGUUAUAUUCUCUAUUAAUGCUUUCUGGACUAAUUGUCAUUGUAAAAGUGAACAUAUUUUCUGUUUUCGGACGAUAGUUCAACCGGAAGUGGAGAUUCCUUUAGGACCAUAUUUGUUGUUUAUACUUUUAACUCGAUAUAAUGGCGAAAGUAACAAUGGCAAUGGAGUCUGUAAAAAACGUUCCAUCAUCAGGAACUUGGACCUGGAAAGAUGACACCAAUUCUCUUGAAUUCAUAAGUAAUAAUCCUAAUGCUGACAGGCAAGACAAGCGGCGAAGAGCAAAAGAGGGAAACAAAAAGAUGGACAGAGUGGCCUCUAGUGUUGGAAAGCCAGGAAUGAGGGGUCGAAGUCAGAAAGGGAACCAGGCUAAAUCUCCACAUCCAGCUUUAAAACAGAAAACUAAUCAGACAAAUGUUACAUUAGACUAUGUUAAAAAUGUGGCACUUGGCAUGCUGUCUGUACAAGCAAAUGAAGGCAUUCCUGAAACAUUUGAAGGCAUUCUCAGUACGGAUGAAUUUGACCUGUUCCUGAUGCAUCUACUCAACUACUUUCACUGUUUUUUUGACAAGUUGCUACAGGAACACAAAAUUAACACCACUACAUACAUAGAACCUAGCUUGUCUGAGAAAAAGGCAUUUGAGGAAUCACUUGUGAAGAUUGGACUAACAGAGAAAUUACUUGGCCAGGCCUACUGUGUACUGGAAUUAGGUCUAGGUCUGGAGGACCAUCACCACAUGGCCUGUGGAAAAUCUCGGGUAUCCUCUACUCUCAAAGACCGGGGUAUGUUUGAGACCCUGUACUCCUACUGUGCAUAUGUUGUCCAUAUCUCCUUCAGAAGAAAGGAUUUCACAGUCAUCAAAAAGGAAAUUGGCAGAAUAUUAAGGUCUGACACAUUCAAUCCUGCCAAGCAAGUUAAGAAGCUACCAGAGGGACGACAAGCUGUGAGUUACCAUAAAAUUGCCGCUGCAUUGAGAGAUGCUAAGAAUAAGAAGUUUAGGAGAUUCAGAAAGCAGUUCAUCAAUAGAGAUGAGAAAGAUGAAAGCAGCGAAAUAAAGGAGGAACAGCCAACAGGGUCCAUCAGUAAGAUGACACCAGCAGAGUACCGUAGACUACAACCGAAAAGACCAGCCAUCAAAACAAUCAUAAAUCAGAGAUCCCCAGCCAUUGUAGCUAUUUUACCAUCACCUAAAGAGGAAGCCAACUGGUUGUUUAGAAGGAGAGGAGCCUUGUCACCAAAUUCACUGUCCAAAAUGGGACGAGAUCCAGAGACAGAUGAAGCUGAUGAUGGGGACAUGCUUGGAGAUGAUUUCUUUAUAGACAAGACAGCAUUUAAAAUUGGAAUCAUUGGUGAAGCUUUGAACUUGUUUAAUGUGAAGACCCUGACUCCCUUAGGGGCUAAUGAUGAGGAGGAGGGCGAGGAAGGAGAGGACGCAAAGAAACAGGCCCCUCCAGAGCAGGCUACACAGGACACAACUCCACCUCCAGAACAAAGAUUGAGCCGACAACAGACCGCGAUAUCCACCGGGACCACAGACGCUGCCUUUGUUGAUGCGGAGGAUUAAAGCUUUGUUUUAAUCACUCCAGGAGGACUGUCUCCAAAAAUGACAAUUGAAAUUCCAACACACACAAAAAAGUGUCAUUAAUUACAUAAAGGAAGAUUAUUUUUUUAAGAAAAACAAAAAAUUAAUUUUAUUAGUUGGAAAGAAUAAAAAAAGCCCUGUAGGAGGUUACAUUGUUUAUUAUGUCGUCAGUUUACCAGACUGUGAUAAUAUACAUUCCAAUAUCGGGUACAAAGAAAUACUUCGUUAACAUUCCUCUUCGUCCAUAUGAUGUCAGUAUACUGGUCCCCUUCCUUGUAGUAUAAUGCAGCUGUGUUCUGUCUGUACACAGAAAGUGUCAUGCUCGGUGCAUAUGUACUAAGUCUGAAUCUUUAUACCACAUAUGAUUGACUUGAUACAGAAGUCAUUUAUUUGUUAUCAAUUAAGUAUUUAAACAUUGAUUAUCAAAAUUUAUUUAUAAUAACUGAAUGAUGUUGUUGCACUACAGUGUUUUCUGGUUCCAUCCAAGGAUAGACUUUUUGUUUCUUUUUGUUUCUGUACACUGAUAGUUGAAGUUAUUUUUAUGGAACAUUAGUUAUGAGAGGGGUACGAGGAUAAUUUUUAAGGUUACUGUCUGCGGAUAGUUGAAGUUACAUAUAAUUGUUGUCUAUCUGUAUUAUAAACAUCACAUGUAAGAUACGUAUUGUUCAUGUCUACCACCUGUGAUAAAUAAAAUCUCUAAAAAUAAA